CCUUCGGGUCAAGAGGUAAUUUCCUGUGGUCAAGUGGUCAAGCACAUGAGACUCUUCCACCAUGGGUUUCUCGGCGGCUGCAGCCCGGGCUCUCCGGCUCCAUGCGUUCUGUCCCCGGACACCUUCUGCUGCCCGGCCCAGUGCGGAGCUACGAUUCCGGGGCUCUGCAGGCAGGACCCCCCAGGCUGUCACAGAGGCCAGGAAGUCGAAGAGCAUCGAUGAUCUGCCUGGCCCCAGUUUACCCACCACUCUGUACUGGUUAUUCAUCAAAGGAUACGCGGACAGAAGCCACUUACUGCAGGAUGUGCAGAAGAGCCUGUUCGGGCCCAUCUGGCGCUCCCAGUUCGGUCCGUUCGACAUCGUGAACGUGGCAUCGCCAGAGCUGAUUGCCGAGGUGAUUCAGCAGGAGGGCCAGUUCCCACUGAGGUGCGAGCUGCCACACUGGAAGGAGUACCGGGACCUCAGGGGCCAGGCCUACGGGCUGCACGUCGAAACCGGGCCGGAGUGGUACAGAAUCCGCGCAGCCCUGAACCCGAAGCUACUGAAGCUGCAAGAGGUGUCGGCCUACAGACCGAUCAUCCACCAGGUAGUGGGAGAUCUGCUGGGGCGCAUCCAGCUUCUCCGGAGGCGGAGCGAGGACGGCAACACGGUCUCAGACCUGACCAACGAGCUCUACAAGUUCGGCUUCGAAGGUAUCUCCGCCAUCUUGUUUGAGACCCGGUUGGGCUGCCUGCAGGAGGAUAUCCCCCCCGACACGCUGCGCUUCAUCACGGCCGCCAACGACAUGCUGACGCUGUCCGAGACCGUGGUGCUCUUCCCCCGCUGGAGCCGCGGCGUGCUGCCCUUCUGGAGGCGCUUCGUGCAGGCCUGGGACGAUCUCUAUGACGUAGCCCGGACCCUCAUCGACAGGAAGAUCUGUGAGAUGGAGGCUCAGGUGAGCCGCGGCGAGACGUUGGAGGGUUUGUACCUCACCUACCUGCUGUCCUCCGACAAGCUGAGCAGGAGCGAGCUUUACACCAGCGUCACCGAGCUGCUGCUGGGGGGGGUCGACACGACAUCCAACACUUUGUCGUGGGCGCUGUACCACCUGGCGAGGGACGGGGCGGCUCAGGAGCGUCUGUACAGAGAGGUGAUAUCCGUAUGUCCGGACCACCGGGAGCCGAACUCCGACGACCUGAGCCGGAUGCCGUUCCUGAAGGCCGUCAUCAAGGAGACGCUGCGCCUCUAUCCCGUGGUCCCUGGAAACGGACGCUUCAUUUCUGAGGACGAGGUGGUGGUGGGGAACUACUGGUUCCCAAAGAAGACGCAGUUCCACCUGUGCCACUACUCCGCCUGCCACGAUGAAGCACAGUUUGAAGAAGCAGAGCUCUUCAAGCCGGAGCGCUGGCUGCGAGGCGAAGCGUCCCGAGGCAGAGCGGCGCCCAGCUGCUACAAGCACCACCCGUACAGCUUCAUCCCGUUCGGGGUGGGGGUGCGAGGCUGCGUGGGGAAGAGGGUGGCGGAGAUGGAGAUGUUCAUCGCUCUGUCCAGGAUGAUGCAGAACUUUGAGGUGCAGCCACAGCACGGUGCACCGGUGGUGGAGCCCAAAACUCGAACCCUGCUCAUCCCCGGGAAGCCCAUCAACCUGCGCUUCCUGCCGCGAGCCUGAGGGACUGAGGGACUUCUGCAGGCUGCCAACAAUUCAAAGUGUGCAACACAAGUCAAACUGCAUGUGUCUUCAUGCACAGGAUGAGCUGCACAGGUCUACAGAUAUCUAAAAUAAGAAUAAGAGCAUAGAAUAGCUAUUUUCCAGAUGAAUUACAGGAGAUUUCUGGUGUUUGGUGACCUGGUAAUCAUUUGAGGCUUUUACUGGAAUUACAGCCAGCUAACCACUGUGACUUCAAUGCAGGAGGAAUCAAUCUUCAGUUCUGAUAUCCUCAAAGCCUUGCAUAGCAUAGCAUAGCAUAGCAUAGCAUAGCAUAGCAUAGCAUAGCAUAGCAUAGCAUAGCAUAGCAUAGCAGUUAAACUAAUUUCACAUCCAAUAAAAUGUUUGCUUUUUAAUUUUAAGAAGAGACCUGGAAGGAGAAGAGGGAAAUCAACAAGGAGGCGAUGAAGGAAAGGAGGAAUGAGGAAGUGGAAAAGAGGCAGUGUCUGAACCAAAUCUGGAAUACUCUGUGUUGUUACCGUGUAGAUAUUUGCUUUAAGUGCUUUUCACAAAUAAAAAUGUAUAUAUUAUCAAUGCA